AUGAAGAAGAUCUUUGGCAACAGGAGUGUGAAGAAGACGCCCUUGGGCUUCUGCGAUGGCCAGCAGAGGACUCUCGUGGGCUUUUUCGUUGAUCCUCAGAAGCGGCAGCCCAGAUACCACCACACAUACAAGCCUGUGGGAAAGGUUCACCGAGCUGCCGCUUCGGGCGAGAUGGACGUGGCCCAGCUGCAGGUCAUGGUCACGCUCGAGGAAGGCCUCGUGAACGACAGAGACUACAAGGGAAGGACUCCUCUCCAUUUUGCCUGUGCUUAUGGCUGUGAUUCAGCAGUGGCUUUCCUAGUGGAGAGAAACUGUGAGAUUGAUGCCUGUGACAACAACAAUAUCACGCCUCUCAUGAAGGCUGUGCAGUGCUAUAAAAGGAAGUGUGCGAGGAUUCUGUUAGAUCACCAAGCUGAUACCAACAUUAAGGACAACUGUGGCAACACAGCUUUACACUUUGCUAUAUAUAAUAGUGAUGCACAAAUGACUGAACUUCUGCUUCAACACAAUGCUGACAUUGAACAGAAAACCCAGGAGGGUCUCACACCACUUUUACUGGCCCUCAGAGAGAACAGCACAAAGGUGGCAGCACUUUUAAUAAAUACAGGAGCAAAUAUUAAAGCAGCAGACGAGUAUGAAAGAAAUGCACUCAUGUAUGCCGUAAGAUGCAAUUCACUAGAUUUGUUUGAAUUACUUAUUGAGAAAGGUAUUGACUUCUUCUAUAAAGAUAUCUUUGACUGGACUGCGCUACGUUAUGCUGUUGAAGGCCAUUGUACUUUUAAAAGCACAAUUUUGGAUCAUCAAGAAAAAUAUUUUAAAAGGAAUGCAGCUCCCUGUUCAAAAAAGCACUCUAAGGACAACUCAAUAGCCAGGCCAUUCAAAAACCAUAUUUCUAGGACUACAUGGCAUGCCAGUAAGAAGAAUGAACAACAUUUUCAAACCAAGAAUGUUUAUGAGAGUAGUGACACUAAGUUUGUUGGUGAUUCAUCCGGGACUCCAGAAAGCAGAGAUAACUGUAGAAAACAUGAUACGGAAGAAGGGAACAUCAGGAAUGAGGAAGAGGACAUGAACACGGAGACAUUGAAUGAGACUGUUCCUCUUUUAAAGUUUGACACUGAAGCAAAAGAAUCUGUUUUGAAAGAACCAGGAGAAGAAGAGUUACCACUCAUCAUGUCAGGUAUUAUCGAUAUUUGCCCUCCCCCACAUAUACAUACUGAUGAUAUUACAAGACGAAAUUUGCCUAUCAGAGAGAACAUGUGA